UCUUUUAGUAAUUUGGUCUGCUCCCGUUUAGUUUUAAAAUGUCAUACAAUGCUACGUCGAGCUGGUAUAACAACCACGCUUCCAAGAAAUCGAAUUAUGUUCCGCGUCCUGUCGUUGCUGCGCCACAAAAAUCUCAAAUUCCCGGCCUGGGGUACGACUCAAAUUUAUCAACAACAGCAUGGAGUAGCAGUGCGAAUAAAUCGACGAGGCAGCAGCAGCAGCAGCCUUUUGAGGACGACCCUCCUCCAGCACGCAGGCAGUGGAUGCAAGAGAAUGAUCUGGAUCUCUACCAAGAUAAUUUGGACUUCAAUGGUAGGGGCUACAAAGAAAAUUUUGUUGAAGAUGGCGGCCCAUCAAACAAUUAUGAUGACGAAGAAUAUGAAAAUUAUCGAAAUGUUAAUAACUCUGUGAAUGUCAAUGAAAAUUUAAGAAGGGAUGAACAGUAUGCUCUUUACAAUAAAAAUAUUAACAAUAGUGAAGAAAAUUAUAUUGAGCAGUACAGCAAAGAUUCACAUAUGCAACAGCCAGAGUUCUACAAUUCAGAAAGACCAACUUGGUUAAAUGACGAAGGUGAAAAUAGUUACUCAUGUGCUGAUCAGACUGGUGGCAAACCCACUACUGAACAAAAAACUUCAAAAUACAUUGACAACUUUCAACAAAAUCAAACUCCUACAUUUGAUAAGACAGCAAGCAGUCAACAGUUACACAAGAAAUUUUUAUCCAAUCCUUUACUGGCUUCUAAGUCACCAUUUGCUAUGGAGUAUGAGCACAAGGAUGGUCUCAUGUCUGAAAACAACAGGGCUUUUGGUAUUCGCCUCUCUUUCUUCAUUCUCAAUUCUGAUCGAAUUUUAUAUUCUCUUACAUCUAUAAAGAAGCUUGAUUCAGACUUCAAAUCAAACAUGGCCAUCAAUAACUCAGAUUACUACAAAAACAGAUUGAAGAGUCAGAAGGAGCAGAGGUCAGACAUGUCAACGCUCUUGUCAUUCGGGUACGCCAAGGAAAAGACGAAUCCCUCAAUAGCACAGGACAAAAAUUCAAUGCAAGGAAUCAUGAAAGGAACUUUUCCAUCUGAUAACAGAAAGAUGGGAAGUCGUGAGAACAGCUUUUCGGUUCGUUUCUCCGAAUCAACAAAAGGUGAAAAUGCUGAUUUUGGUGCUGGAGAUAAUAGAAAGCCAUUAUGGUGUGAACAAGAUGAUGACAAUUUGGGUGUAACGGUGAACAGCCAUACUAACAACACUAACCUAAACAACAAUAACUAUGGAAAUGAAAGAUACUACAACAACAGUUACCUUAACAGCAGACAGAAAAAAUCUUUGUUUAAUGAGAGCACAGACACAAUCACUGGUGAAACCAAACCCGACUUUUUUAGACUGGGUUCUUCAUCAAGCAACAGCAAUCUCUCACUAGAAUCCGCAAAGAAAAAUUCAUCACAGACUUCAAUAAAAAGUGGCAACGAUUCUGAGCUUGCUACGACGCUGAAUGACGUUCACCAAACCAACCAUACUUCCAAUCUGCCUAACUCAAACUCUUCAAACGAUUCUGAUCCUAACCCACCAAAAAAUUCCAUCAUCGCUGACAAUGCCAGUAGUAACGGAGAUUCUGACAUUAAGGAGAAGUUUAUUGAUAUCAAAGCUACUCAAAUGUCCAAAUGCAGAUUUCCUAAACUGAAGCCAGUUGAUCUUGGAAAGCCUGACUUUUUUAAUAUGGCGAGAUCAUACAACAGCAGUAACAUUGGUUGCCGUGAUGGUUUAAACGAAGGCACCCUAAACAGACAGAGAUCAAAUUUAAGUAGUCCAACAGUUCCGUCGGCAAACUUCAGACGUCGCAAGGUAGAUAUCAACUCUUCAAUACUGCCCACACCUAUGAAACCACAAGCCAGACGUUAAACACUUGCAAGAAAAAGGGUUUAAUUUUUCAAUGUUAAUUCAAUGAAAAUUGUUUGCCAUAUUUGUAUCAAAUAUGCCCCUUGCUUUAUUUGUCUACUGCCAGUUUCAUGGGUAUGGCAGUUAUUGAUUUACACUUUUGAGCUAUUUUAAAACUUGAAAGUUUGCAAUAAUUAUGUUGCCUUGACUCAAACUGUAUUUUCAUUAAGUUUUUUAAUCAGUAUCAAUUUUAGACAUCUGAUUCGCAUGUUUAAUUAUAUUAUUCACUAUCUUGAAUUCACUCUUGUUUUUCACUAGUAAGAAAUAA